AAUUCGCGUCCGCCAUUAAAAAAGUACGUUAGAAGUGUUACGAAAGACGAAACGAAAGACGCAUAUAGUGUGAAAUUGUAGUGAAAUUCGCGCGAACGUGCAAAAUAGGUGCGAAUAGAAUGACGUGUUGUGAAAUAAUGGCAUAGAGAUCGACGAAAUAAGUGUAGAAAUUAAUAGGUCAAUGUGUUUCUGUGUACACGCCGAUACGUGCAGAGCAACAGACAGAAAUUCUCGAAACUUCUCGAAACGACCGGAUUCUUCUAUACGUUACAGAACCAUAACUCUCAUACCCGAUGGCAAACAUACGACUCAACCGGAAUGCUUUUCCACUUUCCCUCCAACCAAGGACGGCCGAUCCGGACGAAAGGAAGAAAGGAGAGCGAGAGAAAGAGAGUUGGUUCGACAUCGCCAUUUGGCCAUUGACGGUGGCGCGUCCGGCAUUCGGUGCACGAUGCACGACAAAUGAAAAUGAUAUGCCGUCGUCGAAUGAUGGAAAGUAGGGUCAACAGAGUUGGCGUUGCGAAACAACGAUCACGGUGACAUCGAACGUGAUAUCGGUCACGCCAGGAAUUCCUUCGAUUUAUUCAUAAAUAUGGCCGGUUACGAAAUGAUAUUUAAUUAAAGCUGUUUAAUCCACAGCCGAUCGGUUUUACGCGUCGCACUACAGAUUGGUUCAAAUUGGAUAAAUUCGUUCACGAAUCAAGUGACGUGGAAACAAAGGACGAGAGGACGUACGAGGAAGGCUUUUGUUAUGGACGUUCCACGGACGGACGUAUAGGACGAAGGGGAUUGUAAUUUUCUCCGAGGUAUGGGAGGAGUUGCAAAAUGAAUUCUAAUUACGCGUGACGCCUUCGGGCGAUUAGCGCUGUUGUAAUUACGUAGGCACGCUGUGUCGCUGGGUUUAACCUAAUAAGACAGUGGAACGAGUUACCGACCGGUAGAAGCGUGAACGUAAAUGGCGAAAGUUACAUCCCAAGGAUAAGAAAGGCGGAUUGCUGUGCACAAUGCUCAGAAACAGAAGCCUUCUCCACCAUUAUCCUAGCCGCGGCAGUUCCGGAAACGGCGACCAAGGAGCGCCAGAGAAACGGUUUAGCCGUACAUCCUCGGGUUGGUUCAGGUGGUGAUCGAAGGUGAAUCCUGGCCACGAAAUCGACCACCCUCAACCACGCUCGGCUCGGAGAUCACCGCCACGAGAUACACAUUCAACGUUUUGACAACGACUAAUCGGACGGCUACGUUUCUUUUCGUGGCGCGAAAACGAUUUUUCUCAAUGGCGGCGGACGUAUCACGAUAUCCGGAGGCCGGAUGCGAAUGCAGCUGACUUUGAAAAAUUCCAACCCGUUCUUUCGUUGGAGCAUUUGCCGAAAGGUGGCAGCACCACCUUAGCCAAGAUUACUAUGUUAUAACGGAAACAUAGAUGGUGGGAGAAGCAGUAUGGCGCAGAAGCGUGGCCGCAGUCGAUUGUGCGACGUUGAGUUGGUUAGUGCCGCCUGUAACUUCGUGUUAGAAAGGCGAGUAUUCAACGGUUUUCUUCUACCAAUUGGCACAUCGGAUUUUCUUGUGUGAAAUGAGAUUACCUAUCCAUAGGCAGAAAAUGAAAACAUAAAUAAAACGUUGCGCGUAACUGUUUUGGGUCGAAAUAAUUCAAAAUGCCGUUCACAGCGGACGCUGCAGCCAGCCAGAUACAGGAACGAUUGAAGAACUUAUACCACCUGGUACACGAAAUCGAAACGCAACGGGUUCGUUCGGAGCACAACCUGAACAACAUUAUAAAGACUUACGAGAAGGUGACUCCGGAAGACAAAGUGUCUCCCUAUUACCAGCAAAAAUUGAAGAAUCUCUACAACGCGGCGAUAGGUGAUUCCCAACAGGAGGAAGAAAUAUUGCGUAAAGCUUUAGGAAAAAUCAACGAAAUUCGAGCAAUUAGGAACGAGCGGCGAAUACAGGCACGGAAUGCGGGGAACAAAGAAACCAUUCGCCGAGGUGCGUUAAUGAAGAUGUUGCUGAGCACCGCGCAGACGCUCCCUCUGUACGUGGGCAAAACACCAGGGGCGAAACCACCCCCUCUUUGCGGAGCGAUCCCGGCGGAGCCUACGUAUAUCGCGAAAAUGGGAGACAUGGUCGCAGCCCUGGUCAAAGGUUCGGAGGAAGAGGAAAACUGGAUCUUGGCAGAAGUGGUGCAGUUCAAUCCAACGACGAACAAAUACGAAGUGGACGACAUCGACGAGGAACAAAAGGACAGGCACACGUUGUCGAGACGAAGAGUGGUGCCUCUUCCAUUGAUGAGGGCUAAUCCGGAAACGGAUCCUCACGCUCUCUUCCCCAAAGGGUCUAUCGUGAUGGCGUUGUAUCCUCAAACGACCUGCUUCUACAAAGCGGUGGUGAACCAGCUACCUACCACGGCCACCGAGGAAUACGAAGUCUUGUUCGAGGACGCGACAUACGCGGACGGAUACUCCCCACCUUUGAAUGUCGCGCAACGUUACGUAAUUUCUAUCAAGGAGAGCAAGAAGAACAAAAGCCAAUGUUAACGGACGAACUAUUCUCGCGUCAGUAUUAUAUAUCCGGCGAUUGUUUGUACCAAUGAGUACAAAUGUUCGUUUUUGUACAAGAGACUGCACUUAUUACUUAUAUAAUAAAGUUAACGAUUUUCGAUAAUAAUCGGCCCAUCAUCGUCAAUCGUUCGAGCAACGAGCAA